UUAUUUUCCUUACAUAAUCUGUGCCAUGUCCCUCUGAUUACAUCACAUUUGUGCAGUGGCAGUUGUCCUUAGAAAAACUCACUAGUAUGUAGCAACGUCCUUCCUCUUUUACCACCAUGACGCCUAAUGAUGACGUUUACAAUGAUGACGUUUAAUGAUCAAGACCUCUACAUAAAUAUCUCACCUCAAUCCCUCCAGUUUCAAGGAUAAGGUCUUCUUCCUCCACAUGGUCAGGUACUCGAUCGAGAAGUAAGGUUAUUUCAGCGAAAUUAAAGGAGCUGGUUCCAUUACUUACUAAGUACCUGGAAGUAAGCUGGUCCGUUUUCAUUUGUGCUCUCUAAAAAUAGUUCAUGAAUGGUGAAAUGUCUCGUUCGUAGUAAUUGUGGUGAUGAAUUUGUCUUAAUUAUAAAUAGAAGGCCUAUUAAAGAUUACUUUGAUACGAAGUAAUUUAAUUUGAGAGUGUUUUCUUCUGGUGUUUCAAUGUUUUUUCUCCUGCGGUUUUUCAAUUAUUUUUUGGAAUAAUUAAUGGAAGUUUUGUUUAUAAUGUUUUCAGCCUCUUUUGAAAAGAAAACUUCUGUUUUGUUUAGAAUGUUGAUCAUUUAGUCGUGUUUCAAGAUGAAUCUAUAUACUCUAUAAUCUAUAUAUAUAUAUAUAGGAUUUGCGCCUUAAUGCUUAAAAAAUAAUUAAAAAAAGGGAUAUGCGCCUUAAUAGAGAAAUGUUGAAUGUGACAUCAACUACAUGAAUGCUUGUGGCUAACAUAGGAUUUUCUGGAGUACUCUAUUGCUUUGCAUUGAGGCCUCCGCAGCUAGUAAUGACGACCGUGCACCAUACAGAGGCCAUCACUGGAAUGGAUUCUAUUAUCUAUAAAGCGGCGGCACAAGGCAAUCUGGAGGCCAUCUCCGAUCCACUUGAUGGGUUUUUAACGGUUAAUAAAAAUACAAUCCUACAUAUUUGCAUUUCAAGUAUCCUUGUCGAAGAAAAGUUUCCCGCUACUGGAGGAACCGACCCAGCCUCAGCGGCAAAAUUUGUGAAAGAUGUACUUGACAAGUGUCCGUCACUUUUAUUGAAAGCCAACGCGGAAGACGAUUCUCCGUUACAUGUGGCAGCAAGGUAUGGGCAUGCUUCAAUAGUCAGAGUCCUGAUUGAACAUAAAAAUUCCCAACAUCAAGAUCUCGAAAGUGGAGUCGUUAAAGCUACUACGGAGAUGAUUGGGAAGCUGAACAAAGAGGGAGACACGGCCUUACAUGAGGCUGUACGUCACAAUCACAUUGAAGUGGUAAAACAAUUACUAAUGGAGGUAGAUCCAGAAUUUUCGUUUGGUGCUAAUGUUGCCGGUGAGACCCCACUUUACUUGGCUGCUGAGAGACACUUUCCAGAUUUGGUGUCAGAAAUUUUAAACAAAUUGAAGUCACCAGCUUAUAAUGGCCCCUUGGGUAGAACGGCUUUGCAUGCUGCAGCAUUUUGGGAUGAUGAAGGAAUGACCCAAAACAUUUUGGAAAGAUACGGACGCGAUCUAUGUAGACAAGCAGACCAAAAUGGUUGGACUCCGCUUCACAUGGCUGCAUACAAGGACAACAUUGGGCCAACAAAACUACUGCUAAAAUAUGAUAGAGAGGUAGCAUAUAUGAAAGACGCGGAGGGUAGGACAGCUCUUCACAUUGCAGCCCAUCGCCACCAAGAGAGUGUAACAUUGGUAAAGAUUAUAGCAAUGUGUCCAGAUUGUUGCGAAGUGGUUGACAAUGAAGGCCGCAAUGCACUUCAUCUCGCUGUGCACAACAACAGGCCACGUGCGGCGCUAAUCAUCCAAUAUUAUUUGUCUCUCCGGAAUCUUUUGAAUCAGAAGGAUAAUAACGGGAAUACACCUCUCCAUCACUAUUACAAUUCUGCUGGUUACGACCUGCGUACCCUGGAUUCUCCAAGAGUUGACAAAAUGGUUUUCAACAAAAAGAACCAGAAUGCUUAUCAAUUCUUAACAAAUAAUAGCUUUCCAACUGUUCAUGGGAAGAAGCUCUUCUUUUUUAAAGAUGCAAAAAAUUAUAAGUUCUAUCACGAUGGACGAGUAUUAGAAGUCGGGUAUGACGAAAUUGAGAAGAAGAGGCCGAAGAUGGUGGGGGAGGUGGAGUCGAAUAAGGAGCGGAUGAAGAAGAUGGAGGAUGAUGAUAAAGCAGCUCAAAUCCAUUUGGUAGUUGCUACACUCAUUUCAACUGUGACCUUUGCAGCUGGCAUUACCAUGCCCGGGGGCUUCGUUGGUGUAGAUGAUCAUCCACAUCCAGGCUCUGCAGUUUUGAGGAAAAGUGUUGCUUUCAAAGCAUUCAUCAUUACAAAUGCCCUAUCGUUGAUGCUAUCUACUUCUGCUGUCUUUAUCCACCUAUUUAUUCCGCUUAUCACUUCUACAUACUUAUUUGAAAAUCGCAAAAGUUUUCUUCGAAUGGCCUUCUGGUUCCUUCUUUCCUCCAUGGCGCCAAUGGUUUUGGCAUUUGUCACAGGUACAUAUGCUGUAUUAGCGCAUUCAGAUAUUGCCAUUCCCACCUGUAUUAUUUGCUUGUCCUUCCUUCUCGUCCUUGUAGUUAUAUUUCUAAAAUUUAAGAUUACUGAUGCAGACUCUAAAAUGCUAUCGAGUCUGGGAUUUGAUUCUUAAUAUAAAUAAUA